AUGUACAAGCUCGGUCGUAGCAGAGCUCUGGCCUCGGCCAUCUCCAAGCCCCAGUUCGCCCCCUCAAUGCGCCUGCCCGGCUUUGCUCAGCAACGGAGAGCUCUGAGCAUCCACGAGUACCGCUCUGCUGAGCUCCUGCGCGAGUACGGUGUCGGUGUCCCCAAGGGCUUCAACGCGACGACCGGCGCCGAGGCCGAGACCGUCGCCAAGCAGAUUGGCACUGGUGAUAUGGUCAUCAAGGCCCAGGUCCUGGCUGGUGGCCGUGGAAAGGGUACCUUCGACAACGGUCUCAAGGGCGGUGUCCGCGUCAUCUACUCGCCUACCGAGGCCAAGAUGUUCGCCGACCAGAUGAUUGGCCACAAGCUCAUCACCAAGCAGACUGGUGCUGCUGGUCGCCUGUGCAACUCGGUCUACAUCUGCGAGCGCAAGUUUGCCCGUCGCGAGUUCUACCUCGCCGUCCUGAUGGACCGCGCUUCCCAGGGCCCCGUCAUCGUCUCCUCUUCCCAGGGCGGUAUGGACAUCGAGACCGUUGCCAAGGAGAACCCCGAGGCUAUCACGACCACCUACAUUGACAUCAACACCGGUGUCACCGACGAUAUCGCCCGCAAGAUCGCUACCGGCCUCGGCUUCAGCGAGCAGUGCAUCGAGGACGCCAAGGACACCAUCCAGAAGCUGUACAAGAUCUUCCAGGAGAAGGAUGCCACCCAGAUUGAGAUCAACCCCCUGUCCGAGACCUCGGACCACCAGGUGCUGUGCAUGGACGCCAAGUUUGGCUUCGACGACAACGCCGACUACCGCCAGAAGGAGGUCUUCUCGUGGCGCGAUACCAGCCAGGAGGACCCUGAGGAGGUCCGCGCCGCCAAGUCCAACCUGAACUUCAUCAAGCUCGACGGCGACAUUGGCUGCCUCGUCAACGGUGCCGGUCUGGCCAUGGCCACCAUGGACAUCAUCAAGUUGAACGGCGGCCAGCCCGCCAACUUCCUCGACGUCGGCGGUGGUGCGACCUCGGACGCCAUUAGGGAAGCCUUUGAGCUCAUCACCAGCGACGCCAAGGUCACUGCUGUCUUUGUCAACAUCUUUGGUGGUAUCGUCCGCUGCGACGCCAUCGCCCACGGUCUGAUCAACACCGUCCAGUCCCUGGACCUCAAGAUUCCCAUCAUCGCCCGUCUCCAGGGAACCAACGUUGAGCAGGCUCACCAGAUCAUCAAUGACUCGGGCAUGAAGAUCUUCUCGAUCGACGACCUGCAGAGCGCCGCUGAGAAGGCGGUGCAGCUUUCCAAGGUUGUGAAGAUGGCUCGGGAUAUCGACGUCGGCGUUGAGUUCACCCUCGGCAUCUAA